GUCCAUUUGAACAGCGGCGUUAACUCCGUGCACAAGGAAAGUUAGAUCUGUGAGGACACAACUAAUUUUAGAACAGAAGUUUUUCUAAGGAGAAGAAAAUGAGAUACUAUUUCUAUUGGCUGGUGUGUUUAGGAUUUCUCCACGUCACCAAUGCUUCGGGAUCAGAGUCUGGUCUAUCCUGUUGUUCGCAAAGUAAAUGCAGAUGUAGCAUAUCAAGCUUUGGAAUCACAGCCGACUGUUCGAAUUUGGGAUUAUUUGAAUCUCCAGAUUUUAAUCACUCAGUGACUGUCAUAGACUUGAGCUUUAAUUUUCUUCACACUUUCCCAGAAGCAGGAAAACUACCACGAUCGCUGAAAUAUAUCAAUAUGACAAAAAACAAAUUUACUACUUUUAGUAACAACAGCUUCCGUGAGUUACCGGAGCUGGUUUACCUGAAUCUUUCUCAUAACGAUUUCAGUCUAAACGAUAGAACUUUCCCUUCCGGUGUAUUUAGCAAGCUAUCAAAUCUCCGACUUCUGGACUUACAAAGAUUUUCAUCUACUAAAGAUAUGAAUGACAAAUAUCCAACUGCCGCUCUUUCCACUCUUAAGAAUUUGACUGCUUUGUAUAUCAACGGAUUACCAAAUAGUGUUCUUGGAAGAGGUAUUGAAAAUUUAAGGCAGUUGUCUACCUUGGUCAUUUCAGGCAACAGCGGGUGGUGUAGAAUCACACUAAUUACAGAAAACACAUUCCGACAUGUUCCAUUCCUGGAGAAGCUGGACAUAUCAAAUUGUGGUGUUGAACAUAUUGCCCUUGGAAGUUUUUCUUUUCUGAAGAAACUAAAGGAAUUAUCAUUAUCACAUAACAGACAAGCCACCUUUAAGAUAUUGAAGAACGUUUCCAUCGAUUUAUUGCAAACCCCGGUUCAAAUACUGAGGCUAGAAACACUAUACUGCACAUAUGGUAUGGGAAUUAAGCUUAGAGUCGAGGACAUUCGAUACUUUCGGAAUACCUCGAUCAGGGAGUUAUAUAUCGGAGAAAAUAGAUUAGAACAGAUUGAGCCAGGUUUUUCGCAUUAUCUUCCGAAACAUCUACGUCUUCUAUCAGCACCCUAUAAUCGAUUCACCUUUGGACUAUACCUGAUAGAGAUGUGCAGUUUAGAUAGUUUAGAAGAAAUCGAUAUAAGCCACCGUCUUGAAGAACCAACCGCGAAUAAACAUGAUUUUAUGUGCUUUAAUUUCGAUGGCAUGUCUUGUACAGAAAAUAAAAGGCAAGUGAAAAUCAAGACAUGGGCGCGAAGUUCAUUUUGGUCAAAUCCAUAUGCCGAUCCAUAUAACAUCACUCUUUGUGUACCUAAAUAUUUAAGAGUUCUACAUAUCAACCACGCAUCUUUAGGUCCAACAUUGAUUAAUAUUACCAUCCCUAAUAAUUCCCUGACCUCAGUGUAUCUUCAAAAUAACUUUUUUCGUGAAUUCAAUGGAUACCUCUUUGGAUUUAACAAAAUCAAGCUUUUGGAUUUAUCGAACAAUUUCUGUGGACGUGUGUCACCAACAUUUUUUGAAUAUGUGCCUUCCCUUGAAACUUUGAUUCUAAAUAAUAACUAUUUGGGAGAAACUUUGUCUAAAGACAACAACUAUGUUUUUAGAUAUCUAAAAAACCUUCGACAACUCGAACUGAAACAAAAUAGAAUAAACAAUCUUGCAACUACAGUCUUUUACAACCUUAUUAAUCUUCAAAGCCUAGACUUAAGCAUGAAUGUCAUCACAGAGUGGAAAUUAGACAUGGGCCGAUUACCAUCUCUGAAAUGUUUGGAUCUCUCAAACAAUCAGAUAUCAUUUCUUUCGCCAUCUUCCACGAAGCAAAUUGAUAAACUGACCGGGAAGAGAGCUAUAAGUAUUAAUUUAGCAAAUAAUCCUUUACUGUGCAAUUGUGAAACUAAAUAUUUUAUCAAUUGGGUGCAUCAGCGGUGGGUUUCCAAAUCAAUCACUUUCAUUAAUGUCGAAAACUACACAUGUUUGAUUCAUAAAUCAAACGAAAUACAAAUUCAAAAAUUCAAAAAUACGAAACAUUUGAAAGAUAUCGUAACUCAUUUAGAACAUGAAUGCAUAUCCUCUGUUGCUAUUAUAGUGGUAGCAACAUGCGCUCUCAUAUUGUCUGCUAUCAUUCUAUGUUGUGGGUUGGUAUAUCGUUAUCGAUGGAGGUUGCGCUACCUAUACUAUAUGACAAAGAGUAGAUUUCAUGGAUACCGGGCUCUGCGGCACGAUCAUUUCAAAUACGACGCCUUCAUAUCGUACGCCGAUGAAGACCGAUCUUUCGUUGUUUCAAAAUUCAUCCCCGAAUUAGAGGAACAGUCAGGAUUACGUUUAUGUCUACAUAAUCGAGAUUUUCUUCCCGGUUACGACAUUGCAGAAAACAUUCUAACGGCUGUACAACAAAGUAAAAAAACAAUUGCCAUUUUAUCUGGCAAUUACAUCACAUCCUACUGGUGUAUGUACGAACUGAACAUGGCAAGAAUGGAGGGCAUCUACUCAAGAGAAGGAGAAGAUGUCUUAUUUCUUGUAAUUUAUGACCAUAUGAGUUCUGAAGACAUUCCGUUAACACUUAUGGAUCUGAUGGCAAAGAAAUCCUACAUUGAAUUUCCUAAUGAUGAAUAUGGCGAUGUUGUUUUCUGGAAUAAAGUGAGGGAAACAAUAGGACAUCACUAAGCUGCUAAACUGUGAUUAUCGUGCCUUACAAUUUCGAAUGUGUGAUCAGUGACCCAGAAUGGAUUGUAUGAUCCAAAGAACAUUUAGUAAAGAAAUUACAAAACGUUUCCCAAAGCAACGUCAUCAAACUUUAUGUCUUUGUACACGGCAUUCCUUCUUCACAAUGAAUUAACGACUAUGUUUCUUAACAUCAUAUACAGCUGCUUCUUCAAUAAAAAUCGAACAUGGAAAUGUUCA